AGGUAGAGACAGGUGCGUUCAGUGUUCAGAGAGAGAGAGAAGGACGGAGGAGAGUUAUUAAUGCCGGAGCAGAUCAGAUGAGAAACAUUUUGACUUAUGGAUCUGCACAACGUGAUCUCCGUGGCGACGCUGCUGCUUCUCCUGACGACAGAGUCUCGCUCGCAGCUCGACGUCUGCGGUAGGCCGGCUCUGAACACCAGGAUCGUGGGGGGCCAGCCGGCCCCUGAGGGCAGCUGGCCCUGGCAGGUCAGUCUGCACAGAUUCGGCUUUCACUUCUGUGGAGGUUCCCUCAUCAACAGCCAGUGGGUGCUGACGGCUGCUCACUGCGUCAAGAGCGCCAACACCAACAACCUGGUCGUGUACCUGGGACGCGAGAGCCAAGAGGGAUCCAACCCCAACGAGGUGUCCCGCACCGCGACCCAGAUCAUCAAUCAUCCCGACUACAACGUGGUGACAAAUGACAACGACCUCUCCCUCGUGAAGCUCUCCUCGCCGGUGACCUUCACCAGCUACAUCCUGCCCGUCUGCCUGCCGGCCGCCAGCAGCACCUUCUACAGCGGCACCGACACCUGGGUCACCGGCUGGGGCAACAUCGGCAGUGGAGUGGUCCUUCCUUCGCCACAGAACCUGAUGGAGGUGGAGGUUCCAGUUGUGGCGAACCGACAGUGUAGGUGUGACUAUGGCGUGGACACGAUCACAGACAACAUGAUCUGUGCCGGGUUACGUACUGGAGGGAAGGACUCCUGUCAGGUGAGCAUUUCACCGCCUGUGUGUGAGUCAGACUUUUAUUUAAACUUCCUGCUAAGACUCUGUCCUAAACGAUUCGUCUCCUCGCAGGGGGAUUCCGGCAGUCCGCUGGUGAGCAAGCAGGACAGUCAAUGGAUCCUGGCGGGAGUCGUGAGUUUUGGAGAAGGUUGUGCCUUGGCAAAAUUCCCAGGAGUCUACACUCGAGUGUCCCGCUAUCAGACAUGGAUCAACAGCCACAUCACCAGCAACCGGCCGGGCUUCGUCACCUUCAGCUCCGAGGGGACGGACAGCGACCUGAGUGUCACCUGUGCCGGCCUUCCGCCGCCUCCGACCACCCUCCCUCCAACAACCACGUCCAAACCUGUGGUCUGCGGCAACGCCCCGAGGAAUUCCCGGCUGGCGGGAGGAGGCUUGGUGGCGACAGCCGGCGUGUGGCCGUGGAUGGCGAGCCUGCAGAAGAAUGGAAGCCAUGCGUGUGGCGGCACACUGGUGUCGGUGGACGCUGUGCUGAGCGACGCAAAGUGUUUCUCGAGUUCACCCACAGCGUCCGAAUGGACCGUUGUCCUCGGCCGACUGAAACAGAACGGAGCCAAUCCCUUCGAGGUGACGCUGAACGUGACCAACAUCACCCUGAGCAACCUGACCGGCUCUAACGUCGCAGUGCUGCACCUGGGAAGCCUCCCCAGCCUGUCGGACUACAUCCAGCCCAUCUGCCUGGACAACGGACAGACCUUCGGCGUGGGCACCUCCUGCUGGGCCGCCGGCUGGAGCUCCGGGCGAGGCGGAGAGGAGCGAGUUCUGCAGGAGUUCCAGGUGUCAGUGGUAGAAUGUGGGACGUCAGCGACUGACAGCAUCUGUACCGGUGAUUUUGCACUAGAGCAGGGCGACUCUGGCGGUCCGCUGAUGUGCGAGCAGGACGGCUCCUGGUUCCAGGCGGCCGUGUUGUCGGCUGAAAACAACGGCACCAGACGCAGACGAGCGGAAGCCCUGAAGACGUUCACCAAACUGGACACGUUCAAGAGCUUCUUGUCUGCGGCAGUCGGCUCCUUCUUGUCUCCGGCUUCCGCCAAAAACAACAGCACCAACUCCACGGAGGCCACCAACUCCACCGGCCCGCCGACCACCAGCGGCGGCGUUCUCUCUGGCUCCUCCUCUUCCUCCUUCCUCUUCCUCCUCCACCUCCUCCUCCUCUCGCUGAGUCUCCGUCUCUUCCUUUAGAGAAAACCUCCGACUGUUCCUCGGACGUGUGUCUGAGCUCAGGGAGGUUGUUUCAAAGGAAACUUUACUGUGAAGGACAGAAACCUCCGGCUGUGACGUCACCGAGACGAAGGAUCUGUCGCCUGGCGUCACAGAGACGAGGCGCAGGAGCUUCAUGAUGAAGGAGUUAGUAUCAGUUGCACUGAUCUACAUAAACUGCAUGUAGCUUCAUGUAUUUCAUGGUUUUUUGAAGAUAAAUCUGCACCUUUAAAUCAGUAGGACGAUGAAGGUGAAAUCUUGUAUGUUUCUUUUUUUACUUGCUGAUGAUUAUUUCCUAUUUUUAACAUCGGGGUGAUUUGAUUUCUACAUAAAACUUGGGGGAUGUUUUUUGAUGAAUUACGCUGCAGAUACAAUUGAACAAAUAUGGAACUUCUACCUCAUUAUCUCCGAACAUGUGGCGCGUUCACCCGACGACGUCACGUUGAAUGUUGAAUAUUCACUUCAGCUCCGUGGAACGAAACUGUGAUGUGAACGAAAAGAACCUCUGAUGGAUUCUGAUGUUUGUCUGUUUGUCUCUAUAAAAAUAUUUUCUGUUUUUUUGAUCCACUGAUAUUUUCCUGUGCGUGUGAUCGAUCGUCUUGCUCAGUCAUCAUGUGUUUGUGUGAAUUUACUGCAGUUGUAAAAUAAAAACUCAAAUUCAAACAUUCCAUCUUAAA